ACAGGAGAGUUUUUGGAUGUAGAUAUUAAAUUAUCUUUCAGUCAGAUCUCCGUGAUCAGUCUGGCUUUCCCAGUUGUGGCGAAAUGAUGCUUUGCAUUCCUGCGGUUUUCUCCAAAGGAAACAUGCUCUUCUUGUAAUACUGGCAUAUUUUUUUUUACAGGGCUCUGAAAAUGAAUGUUUAAUUUAUGUUGUGAAUGUUCUCCUGCCUGCUGCCAUAAUUUCUUAACUAGCUGAGAUAAGGUUCUCAAAAAAAGCAAACACGACUCAUAAGCGUGCAGUAGUUUCGGGAUACGGAUCACAUGAAAUAUUUCCUUAGCCUGCGGUGCAGCGUGCGAGCAUGUGAGUGUGUGGCCUAGGCAUUCCUGCACAUUCGAUCCCAGUCAGCGUAACACACCCACACAACGGCAACGUGAAACCUUGUGCAACCCUUGUGUAAUCCCGCUUGUCUGGCCUGGCCACAUUCCUGGCUCGAUUAUGCCACUGCAACCAAUAGUCAUUCAGUGAGGAAUAUUUAUACAUAAACCAAAUAGGAAACCAACUUCAGCAGUUUCUGGUUAUGUACAGGAUGUGCAGGGUUAUAUUUGAAAAUACCAGGCUGCUCUCAGAGAUUAAACAGUGCAAUUUACACUCUGUGUGAUAUUGCACAGUGUAUCUCACUAGUGUAACUGACUGCAUGAAAAUAACAACUUGAAUCUCAGAUUAGGUUGAUGAUGUCACAAUUAACUGAAAAUGGGGAAGUGAAGCUAAAUACUGCAGGAACAGGAGAGGAAAUGAAAGGUCAUUCUGCCAUUACUGAUACAGCAGGAAGACCCUUUGCAACAUAUAACCAAAUUACCGAAAGCGCGAUAAAUGAUUCUAGUAGAGACUGGGUUAACGAGUAACUUGAAUGUUUCCCCUUGUUUGCCCAAACAGCGAUUUCUCUUUCAGCAACUCGGAUGUUGUGGAGAAGUGUAAAAGGCUGUGUUCAGCCUUCAAUCAGCGGGGCUGUGGAUUUGUCUGGCUGCUUUUUUGAGGGUCUGGAGUGAGAGGAGGUCAGCAUUUGGAAACGUGCAGAGUGCAGCUCCCUAAGUGCUCAGCUGGUCCCCGGUGCUUUAUGCUAACACAUAUGGCCGCAUUGACAACAGCGUGCUCCUCUCUGAUGGUCUUCCAUGAAAUCUGCCCUGAAGGCAUUAGCUUUGCCUGGUUGAAAGCGGUCCUGCACCUGUGAAGCUGGACCCUCACAGUUAAGAUGAUCCUAUGCGCCACCCCCUGCUGGUUUGCAUAUGCUUCUCAUGGAAAACCCCCACAUGCCUCGACACAUCUGUUCCAGGAGCCCCUCUACAGUCCGACUCUACUCCAUGCUCCCUGGAUGCUCUUAAUGUUGCACUUUCUGCUGAUUGAAUAGUAGUUUAAUUAAUUUCUUGCUUUGUUUGGAAGUUGUUGUGUAGCUCUUGCUCCUACGCUGCUUACACUCGUACCUGGGCAUUCCCUGGAAGCUCAGCCUAGCCACAAUUGUGCCUAAUCGACUCCUCGACAGUCAUAUGUUUGCAAUGUGCUAUUUGCCUUGUAUGUCGCUUUGGGCAAAAGUGUCUGCUAGAUAAAAUAAAUGUAAAUGUGCUGGCAUGAUCUUUCCGCAAAGCACCACUGACAUGAUUUUAUUAACGAUAACGUCGGCAUCUCUGACUCUCGCUGAAAACCUGCAUGCUGUAGCUCCGUCUGACUGUCCGUUCAGCUCUUACUUUCAAAGGUAAACUCAUCAUCAGCUCACAUACUUUCAUCAUUCCUCCCUCUCGUUGGAUUUCUCGUGACGGAACUGGACUAUUCCUUUGGCCCAGGUGAGACACACCCCUUUCUUUCACUAGUUUCUGCUCAACCUGUUUAUCAUAAAACCCUCCCUAUGUACUCAGUAUAAAUUGCUGCAGCAACCGUGUUGCGUCAGUCUCCACUUGACCUGCCAGCGGCUUGAGCAGGAUAGCAGAUAGGCGAACGUGCAGCGAUGGCAUCGGAUCAGGAAAUCUGUUAUCUCUGUAAGGAGGACCUCCGGGACCCCGUGUCUAUUUCCUGUGGACAUGUUUUCUGCUCUGUCUGCCUGAGCACCUACUGGGACCAUGCCGACCACACGGGUUCAUACGUCUGCCCCCAGUGCAAGGUGUCCUACAGCAAGAGGCCCAACCCCCGUCGGGUGUCCCGGUAUUCCGGUGGACCCCGGGAGUCGUAUCCGCCGCCGCCCCCAGAUCCGGACUACAACUACGCCGGUCCGCAGGAUGUGGGCUGCGACAUCUGCAUCGGGAAGAAGCACAAGGCGGUGAAGUCCUGCUUGAUGUGCCUGGCUCACUACUGUGAGAAGCACCUGAAGCCACACUUCGAGUCGGCCACCUUCAAGCGGCACAAGCUGGUGGACGAGACCGGGCACCUGGACCGGCAGAUCUGCCCGCAGCACCAGAAGGGGCUGGAGCUCUACUGCCGCACCGACCAGAUGUGCAUCUGCGUCCUCUGCACCGUCAAGGAGCACAAAGGCCACGACAUGGUGUCUGCCGAGCAGGAGAGGCAGGAGAAGCAGAACCUGCUAGGAGCCACCCAGGCCGAAGUUCAGCAGAAGAUCCACGAGAGAGUCAAGCAAAUGGAGGAGCUCCGACAGGCUCUGCAAGCUCUGAAGAGUUCUGCCCAGAGGGCCCUGCAAGAGAGCGAGAAGCUAUUUGGCGACAUGCUCCGCUCCAUCGAGAGGAUGCAAGCUGAGAUGUCCAAGCUGAUCUCCUCGAACAAGAAGGCGGCCACCACCAGUGCAGAGGGACACAUGGAGCGCCUGACGCAGGAGAUCACCGACCUGAAGAAGCGGGAUGCAGAGCUGACGCAGCUCUCCCGCACCGAAGACCACAUCCACUUCAUCCAGAGCUUCCAGAUGCUCAUCGCCCAGACGGAGGCCGAGGAGUUACCCACCGUGACUGUAAACCCGUACUUUUCCUUCGGCCCGGUCACCAAAGCGGUCUCUGAGAUGAAGGUGCACCUGAAUGAGUACACCAAUGAGGAGCUGGUCAAGGUCGCAAAGACCGUGAACAAGAUGCCUUUUUGCCAGCUGGAUGAUCGAAAAAGAAGACGCACAAUGAAAUCAAACGACGUGAGCCUCUACAAAACGCCUUCCCAGGAGCCUCGGCAGAGAGACGACUUCCUAAAAUAUGCCUGUCAGCUCACACUGGACCAAAGCACGGCAUACAGACAGCUGUACCUGUCCAGGGGAAAUCGGAAGGCAACCCUGAAGAAGGAGCCCCAGUCAUACCCUGACAGCACCCAGAGGUUUGAUUGUCUACCCCAGGUGCUGUGUAAGGAGCCCUUGUCCGGGGGCUGUUACUACUGGGAGGUGGAAUGGAGCGGGGAGGGGACAUCCAUAGGCGUAACCUACAACGGAAUCAAGCGGACAGGCUACGGCGACGGAUCACGCAUCGGGUACAACCGUAAGUCCUGGAGCUUGUUCUGCUCCGACUCCAGCUACUCGGCCUGCCAUAACAAGGAUCAGGUGGAGAUCAAAGCACCGUAUUCAUCCCGCAUCGGGGUCUUCCUGGAUUAUUCCGCAGGCACGCUGUCCUUCUAUGGGGUCUCCGACACGAUGUCCCUAAUACACAGGUUCCAGGUCUCCUUCACUGAGACCCUGUAUGCCGGCUUCUGGGUCUGGUAUGAGUCUGCCAUAACCAUAUGCCAACUGUAAAUACACUGUAAAUGCACUGUAAAUGCACUGUAAAUGCAUUGUUAUGCAUUGUUUUAUUUCAGCAUUCUGGUUAAAUCAGUCUGACAAACAAAAUGGAUAACGGCAUACUGUGAUUUAAAAGACAAGCAAAAAUUAAAUUCAAGGGGGAUGUGAAGUCUUAUUUAGCAUUUUAUAAAACUAAAUUCAACAAGUUUUUAUUAAUUUGGGUGAAAGACAUUUAUUUCUUGAGUUUUCUCGUUACUGUAAAUGACCCUCUAACAAUCACAUUUAUCAAUUAAACAAUGGAUUAAUGAUUUUUUAAUUUAAUUUUUUUUAUAAGCGGGUUGGACAAUAGAUGGAUGGAAUUUUUUUUAUAAUUUCUCAAAUGAUGAUAAACUACUUAAUAAAAGAUUAUAAAGGGAA